AUGAAGAACAGCAUGGAGAAAAGGACUAACUUGGGUCUGAGCUGCUGUUCCAUAUCAUCCGUCCCGCUGGACUACGAAGGGAACAAGCGGAAGGUCAUUGAGAGUAUAAAAAAAUGCAAAGAGCUAAAGUGCACAGUUCGAGUUGGUGGUGAAUUGGAACUGUGUGGGGUGAGCUGUAGAGACAGCUUCAAAGAGGUUGAGGACAUGCAUGAGAAUUGCUGGUACUGUUUAAGCGAAUUGAUGAAGGAGAAAUGGGGAGAUGAAUCACUUAUGCAGAACAUCCUGUGCUUUGUGAGCAUGCCAGUGUAUUUUAAAAAGAAGCUCUACAACUGCCAAGUGGUUAUAUACAGAAACAAAAUUGUUUUGCUUUCUCCGAAGGAGUACCUAAGGGAUGAGGAGAGGAAGUACUUUGCUCCCUGUUCAGCGUUGGGUAAGGGGGUUGCAGAUGGUGGAGAGACGACAGGAGCAGCAGAAGGGACCCCUCCUCUUAUGGGCCAUUCGAGGCACAUCCAGUUUAAUGACUCCAGUGUGCAGCUUCUCGGUAACUGUCUCCAAACCUACGCACUUCCCAAAUGUGUUCAGGAGGUAACCAAUCAGACGGAGACCUACAUCGGCAAGGCACUAAUACAACUGGGCGACGUAUUGAUUCAGCAUGUUUUUUUGAAUGACCUGAUGCACGUUGAGAGGGGUGUUCUGGUGGAUGCUCGAGUGGAGCAAUUCAACCGUCACGGGGUAGCGUACAUGACGGGUACUGGCAGCAGUACGAAUGGUUUCCCUACAGGGGAUAGCGUCACUGGGGAGACCCACAAUGUUCCUUUUGAGCAGGAUCCUGUAAAGGUGAACCUGCGCAAAGGAGAUGGCAAUGUGUCGCUUAACGAAAUCGAUGUCCUCUUGGUUAGCGGCUACGUCCCCAACGAGUUGCUGCUCUUUAAAAAGUACUUCAUUCAGAUGAUGAAGUUGACACAAUGCUAUCCUCAUGUAGUCCUAAGUUAUAAUAGCAACUCCGGGUGUGAUAAUUAUUUUUACAAGUACGAUGGGUUUUCUUUCAUUAGUCAGAACAACCAAGUGCUGACCAAGAAUGCCAGAUUUACAUUCGAUGAGGUACAGGUUGCGUCUGUCAGUGUGUUGUUAAAGAGGGAUCCCCACCCAGGGAGGGAAAGCAAAAUGAAUUUCCCAAUCAUCAAAGUGGACAAGGAUGAAAAAAAUGUGCAGAGUAAAACAAGUGCAGAUGGGGACCACGACGGGGAGUGCAUUUUUUCUUACACCAAAGAAAUGGAAUUGUGUAUAAAAUAUUCAAAGGAGGUGAUUUGGGCGAACCUACCACAGAACUUUAACUGGCAAAUGUACACAAAGAAUAAUGCAUUAAUGUCCAGCUUGAUGAGGAAAUAUCACCCGAGUCCGGAUGGUUGGCAAUACCAGUUUUGUAAGCAGAAGUGCUCUCUGCAUAAUGUAUAUGAGGAGCUGUGUUUUAAUAGUGCCUUAUACAUGUGGCACAUUUUGCACCUGACUCAUGCCAAGGGGUUUAUGUUGGCCUUGUCCGGGGGAGUCGAUUCUGGGUUCUCCGCGUGCAUGGUUUACCUUCUCUCAAUAAUGAUCGAGAUGUGCAUGAAGGAGAGGGGUGCGCAUCCGUUUGACGGGUCUGACCCGUUUGCCCGCUUCCUCAGUGAGCAAUUUUGCCACAAGCUGAAGCGGCUGCUAAUUGACACCCCCUGCCGGAAGGAGAUAUGCAACAAGUUGCUGAACACGCUGUCGCUUCCCUCGAAGAACAGCAGCGAAAACACCAAGUCCUACUCGGAGCAGCUAACAAGGGCAAUAAAUUCAUACCACACUGUGUACUGCAUAGACGAUUUAUUUGACUUUUUUAAAAGUGCGGGAAGAAAUUUAAUUAAGGAAGAAAUGAAAUUUAAAAGCCAAGGAGGAAGCAAUUACCAGGAUCUGUGUUUACAGAACGUACAGUCUAGGUCGAGGCUUCUAAUGACCUACUUCUUCUCCCCACUUAUAUGUCACAAGAGAUAUGCCCCCUUGAAUUUGCACAACGAAUUUCUACUUACCAUAGGUACUGGUAAUUUGGACGAGACGAUAACUGGGUACUACACGAAAUAUGACUGCUCAUCAGGGGACAUAAAUCUUAUUGGCAAUGUUAGUAAAAUAUUAAUAAAGGAGACCAUGUGUUUGUUAGCAAAUGAUCCCAUGUAUAAUUUAUCUGUGUGCAAUUUUAUAAAUAAAUAUCACCCCUCUGCUGAGUUAAAGCCAUUGGAGAAUACACAGACAGAUGAGGAUGAUUUGAAUUUGAAGUACCUGGAGAUUAAGCUGUUGUCCAUAUUGAAGAAUAAUUUUUUUUUGGGUCCGUCUUCCAUGAUGCACUACUUGGCAAGGUACUUUUGGUCCGAGGGGUCGAUGAGUGCAGGUGAAAUGCUCGAUAAGGUGAAGACUUUCUUCUCGCGAAGUGUACAGAAUACACACAAGGUACUUAUCCUCCCGCCUGCACUCAUGGGGGAAGCCUGUGGGUUGCACCUCUCCUCGUUGGUGAACUUCGCGCGGGUCAAUGUGGAUGCGUUGAAGCGGGUAGCGGGGUGA